UACAUCUAAAAAUAUGGUAUCCUACAGUCUAGACCUGGCACGGUACAGACUACAUCUUACACAUCCGGAUUUAUUGUUUAUCACAACAAAUGAGCACAAGAAGGUAACAGAGGAGAGACAACUUGUGGCAAACUUCAGUCAAGUGACUUAUAAAGCGGAGAUAAUGGUGUAUUUACAUUUUCCAAGUAAUCUAACCGAAGAAGAACAAAUGCUUCAAGCUAAGUAUCAAAAACUACGAAGGAAGAAAAAAGCAUUGCAUGCCUUGAAAGCACCAAAGCAAGAACCCGAACCACUUGUGCCACUAAAACGACCCAUGGAAGCAAAAGAUGCUAAAGAAAUGGCAAAGAAGCUCAUCAAAUCUGGGGCUAUCAAAGUACCUGAAAGACCUCAAGGAGCAGCUGAGAAGACGACCUUUAAACGAUCAAUGGGACUUGAACGAAAAUUAUCCGGGACAGAUAAAGCUCCAUCUGGGUAUCAGCCAUUCUCCACUAUACAUCCAGAAGAAGAGAUCCAUGAAUCUAGAGUGAAGGUCAAGCAGAACCUAUACGACAGCUUUGUGACAGCCCGAGACCGAGAGGAACGUGGAGAAUUUACCCGAGAUGGAAGAGGGGCAGAUGGCAAGCCUCGGCAGGGACACACUAUAUACGUCUUUGGUCAUAAUAUAUCAGAAGAAGUCCUGAAGAAAGCCUUCUCAACUUUUGGAAAUAUUGUUAAUGUUAACAUGGAGAUUGAGAAAAAUUGCGGAUUUGUUACAUUUGAUAAAGUUGAAUCUGCAGAAAAGGCUAUUGCGGACAUGAAUGGCAGUAUGGUGUCAGGUAUUCAGCUCAAGGUAUCUCUUGCUCGUCGCCAGCCAGUUAUAGAUCCCAUUAAUGAUGCAUCGUCAUCAGCAACAUGGUCAACAAUUGCUGCCAGUCACUCACAGAAAGGCUCCCACAAGGACAAGAGAGAUCUGGUGGUUUACGAUGAUGUCUUCUGAAUGGUCGAUGCCAAGGUCUUACCAAAUCCUCAAGUUGUAUAUUUCUACUUUUUUAACUCAUGCAUUCUUUGAAAAAAUAUCUGACCCACCAACUGUUAUUUUUUUCUUAAUGUUGUGCUACACAUGUAUGGCAACCUGUUCAUUAGAAUCCGUUAGUGUGACUGAGUUAUAAAUAUUAAAAUGUGAAACUCUCAUCAAAAUAAUAUACUGUACUGUAGUAAAGUUGGUAAGUGACUGCAAGAUAAACCAAUGAUAUUGUUAAGUUAGUUUGAAUAAAAUAUGAAUAUGAA